UCCUACAGGGAUACGGGGAUCGUAGAAUUCGGGGGAAAAUAGGGAAAUUGGCCAGGGGAGUCAGUCAUCGACAGUACGGUAGAGACUAGUUACAGGUAAAGGCGGCGAAACUGUGUGAAAUUGUUGAAUGUUGUUCAGACCACAUUGCAGUAGACUGGUCUAUUGGGUCUUAGGUAUCGAAUUCCUUUCAACUGUAAAAUAUGAUCGUUUCCACAUUACUUAUUUCACGUAUCUAGACGCAGAUCCAAAGAAAAAUGCAAUGUAGAGUUAUUCAGAAAGGAUUAAAAACUCCAUCCAGUAUAUGUCAAACCAUAUUUGGUAACUUUUAACGCUGACUAGUAAAAAAACGACUCGUCAUUUUAAGUGGAACUGUUAUGAUAUUCUGUUGCCAGCUCCAAAUAUUUUCUGAAUUUCAGAAAUUACCAGAGACGAAACAUCCGUACAGGUAUCAUUUACUAGUAAUCAGUCUCGUGGGUGUCCGCAUACUGUCGUCAUGAUACCCACUCAUCAGUAAAUGUAAUUACGAUUAUGACACUGAAAUAUUCAUGCAUUACAAUACCCACUGGACUUAUGACAACGACGAUACAUAUCACUUCCUGGGACAAAAUUGCAGUGAUCUGCCGCCUGCCGGUUUGACCGACACCUGUUGCCGCCAUCUCUUGGGAGACACCUCCAUGAUUUAGAGCGGCUGACUUUUGAUCAUCGCAAUCUUUAUUGGCUCGAAUAAACCGUUCAUGCAAAACUGUAGAAGUUCAAAACUUGAAGCAAAGUCCGCCAAGCUAGUCCUUACCGAUGCCAUGACAGAGGCAGGGUCUGGCGGAGCAGUAUCGACUUGGGAUAAACAAUACUGCGUCCAAAAACGCGUCGAGAUGAGGAAGUUAGAUGAAGCUAUGCACAACCUGAAGAGAGAGGAAACGGUGUUCCUGACUUCCCAUGACUACAGGGUACGCCAGGUACAGCGACGAAUGGAGAUUCUAAGGGACAAAAGGAACAAAAUCAUCCAAGAACGAAUGGUGGGGGUAGAGACGAAUGUUUUCACUCUCAACAGUCUGGCAGAGUUGUCCCGUUCCGCGCAUGACGGUCAGAUGAGACGUAGAGCAAGGGACACAUUACUUCAGACCGAGGAGGAGCUUAAGAAGGUCUCGUGGAGAACGCCCCCGCCUACCCCGUACAGUAGUUCAGACGAGGAUUCGGACUCAGAGGACACCGAGAACACCCAGCGGAUGGGAAUUACACGAACGAAUCGCUUAGCAGGACACUACUCUGGUGUUUCUGGAUUCAGAGCCCUGCCGUUCAUGGGUUUGAAGCAAACUGACGGCGCCACUAGUCCAGGCAGACAUUCAAGAGGUUGUCUGCAGCAUGGGGAUACCACAGGGGCUACCCGAGAUCGUGGGUCAACGUUUCUACCAACUAUAACACGAAAACACACGAAUAGCGGAUCUAGGGACAUGAAUCACAACAGACUAGCUAUCUCAGGACAUGGUUAUAAAAAAGGGUUUUCUGUGGGCACCAACAAAAGCAGACUACCAGAUGACCGGAUCCACACAAACAGCCUCUCCUCCUCCCCUGCACUGCCACGGAAUUCCAAGAGGACUACAAACUUCCCUGCACUUUUCAGGGCCCUAGCAAGUGGCAAUGCAAGGACAGGGUCUUCAUUCAGUUGCUAAAAAAUUAUACUUUCAAGCGUAUGUACAAUUAAGGUUUUUGUCAAGCAGCAUAUCAAAUAUCAAAGAUGAUAACAUUGUGUCCAAAUCCACUAUAUAUCACAGUCGAAUGGCGCUACCCUGUGUUGUUUAAUGUGGCAACGAAGCUCCCUUUUCUCCGUUAAAUCCAGUUUUCUGAGGUAAUGUAUAACAUGAAUGGGACAAUACCAGUUGAACAUACUUAGUCUGAUAUUUAACAAGUCUAAUCCCACUUGGAGAGGGUUAAGGCAAAGCUAAAAUCUGCAAGAGGUUUAACUUUUCCUAGCUGAGCUUGUACCUUUUACAAACCUUCCUGCUUUGACCAAUAAUGUGUUUUUUUUAUGAUUCCACACAGAGUUCUAGAUUUAAGUAAAAAUUGAGGAAAGAAAAUAAAAAGGUUCUUGAAAAUGA